AUGGGGGAAGGGCUACAUCAUUUUCCCCCCAGCUCUUGUCCUGGUGGCGCCUUUGAAACUUUACCCAACUGGAACUCUGUGGUUGACGAUGAUCCACGCAUCAAGAGCCACCCACGCUUCCUCAAGACGUUGGACUACCGUCCUCUCGCUGCAGUUGGAACUCUUCCCAUAUUGGAGUCUCAAGCUACCGGGUCGUCAUCUAUUGUGCGGCCUUUCACUGUUCCGACAGCCGUGGGUCCUGUCACGAAACAAGCUCCCGCAGUGGAAGUAGAUUCGACUCCGCUGUCCCCGUUGCCGACAUCUCUGGAGCUGGAACCUCUGACUCCUCUGGCUCCAUCAGUCGCUUCUGUUGCACCUUCAACAACUCGGCACAAGCUCUUUGUGCCAGGCAAUAUAUUGAAAAAGGUCAAGGUUAUUCCGCACCCUAGGAAUGACAAGAAGAGAAAGGCGGAAGAAGACGAUACCGACUCGGCAGAUGCUCCCAGGUGCCCGACCCGAUCUCACAAACCGAGUCUCAAGAAAAUCAAGAAGUUACCGUCGCAUGAUAGGCAAAAUAAACUACGCAAAACCAGGAGUGGAACUACAAAGGCAGGUCUACUCACCGAUUCAUCGUGGUCGGCGGUAUCUCAAAAUAUAUUGGACCCGGAAGCUCAGGAUGCCAUGGACACCGACUCUGACAAUAGUUUCUGGGACACAGAAACUAGGCCUAAUGAUUGGGGUCUGGAUUCAACGAUUGCUACAGCAGUGGAGCAUUCCAUUCGCUACCAUCCACGGAAAUGUGACAAAUGCAAGAAAUCAGGCAAACCUUGCAUUGUUCUGCUGGACAAAAAAAUCGGAUGCAUACGACUCAUUUGCGCGAAUUGCGACAGGACAAAGGUUACUUGCGCAAUCGAUGGAAUGGGUGUCCGGGACAGGUUGCAGGCUCAAGCCAAAGCAACGGCGGUGACACAAGCAGCCGAUCGUCCCAAGCGCUCCAGGUCGCGCGUCCCCAAGGCCCGAGCCGUCAGCGAGAUGUUGAAAAAGGACUCUCCGGCCCCAUUGACCAUGCCAGCCGUGCCUUUAUCCACCCCUAUUGUGAAAGAAAUUGACGAUGACCUGCACCAAACCGGUUCGGUGCAUGGACGACCAAUACUCUCUCAUGAGUCAAAUACCCUGAAAUACCACUAUGAAACCCUUUUCCCUUUUAUCUGA